CUCUCGCCUGUGGGUAAACAUCACGCCAUACCAUAGGAGAACGGACCCUAGCCUUUCACUCACAGGUCGGAUGCCGGUACUCAAGUCAACGGCGGCGGUCGCCACGGUGGUGCUGGCGGGGUCAACACAGGCGUUUGCGUUUAUGGGCACGCCCGUCGUCCACGGAGGAGCAGCACACACCUCGAGAGCGGCUAGCAGCACUAGCUCCGGAGAAUGCGGAGUUCGGAUGGCGGGAGACGCGUUGUUGACGAUUGGGACUAGGGGGUCUCCACUGGCGCUGGCGCAGGCGUACGAGACAAGAAAGCGUCUGGGGGAGCAGUUCGAUGAAUUGAAGGAGGAGGGGGCUGUCGCGAUUCAGGUGAUCAAGACGUCUGGGGACAUGAUUCUGGACAAGCCUUUGACGGAGAUCGGAGGGAAGGGACUCUUCACUAAGGAACUCGAUGUGCAGUUGCUGAACAAGGACGUCGACAUCUGCGUGCACAGCAUGAAGGACGUGCCAACGUGGAUCGUGCCGGGAACCAUCCUCCCUUGCAACCUCCCUCGUGAGGAUACCUCGGAUGCCUUCAUCUCCAACAAGGCCGACAACAUCGCUUCCCUGCCCGAUGGGUCCGUGAUCGGGUCGGCAUCACUGCGCCGUCAGGCGCAGCUGCUGCGGGCUAACCCGACCUUCAAGGUCGUCAACUUCCGCGGCAACGUGCAGACGCGCCUCAGGAAGCUCGACGAGGAGAUCGUCGAUGCAACCCUGCUGGCCUUCGCGGGACUGAAGCGGCUGGAGAUGGCCCAGGUGGCCACGUCUGUACUGGACCAAGAUGCGAUGCUUCCGGCAGUCGCUCAGGGAGCGAUCGGAAUACAGUGCCGAGAGAACGACCCCACCUUCGAGAAGUACCUCGCCGGGUUGUGCCACCAGGAGACCAAGACGGCUGUGGACUGUGAACGUGCUUUCCUCGCUGCGUUGGACGGCAACUGCAAGACCCCCAUCGCAGGGCAGGCGAGAAUGGAGGGAGAAAAGCUUGUGUUCCGGGGGCUGAUCGCAAGCCCAGACGGCAAGCAGUUCUACGACACCACCCGCGAGGGCAAGCCGGAAGAUGCCGUGGCAAUGGGCCACGAUGCGGGGAUGGAGCUCAAGAAGAGGGCCGGGCCCGAGUUCUUCGCGGAGUUCUUCGCCGCUGGGGCACAGCCCGCAACGGCUUGAUUGAAAUUCCGUUUGAAUGAAGUUGAAUUCGCUUUCUUUCAAUCGAUCUGAUAUGAUUUUGCCGCAGUUUUGAAGCAUGGCGGGCGGUGGGUGGGGGCAGGCGACAUGACCGAACCUAGUGUGUUGCUCGUAGGUCUGCAUCUGCGGAUAGCUGGUAUUUUUGUCGGAAGCUCAUGUUUUGAUGUGUACAAAGCGUUGGAUCAACAAAGCACAUCCCGCCGCACUGAGUUAUUCUUUUUCGUGAGUUAAGAGCGAGUUUUUGAAGGUUCCACUUUGGUCAAAUUUGUGCCUUGGUUACUCUGUUUUUCAUGAACCUGCGUUUGUCUCAGUCGCACGUAGUCGGUCAGGUUAUCUUCCCAAGUCCCAGAUAAACAAGCAUUAGAGUGGGCACAAAGCUUGUGGUUUCAGGGUGUUGGCGAGGACUCCACGCGGAGCAGUCGUGUUUGGGGUCGAUGACCAGCCCCUUGCCGUUUCGUCGCCACCCGAGGCCGUUGCCGCGGGCAGUUCGUGCAACGCUGACGGGGGGAUGGUCUAACACAGGUCCAAACUCAAGCACGCCGUCACAGGUCACAGCAGUGUGUGAACGAGCGCCUGAAGUUUCGACCAUCCCAUGCAAUUGCGAAACAAUGACUUUGAAAAGCGC